GUUACUUAGAAGCGUGUUUGAUUUCCAAAUAUUGGGGGAUGUCUCAGACUUCUUCUGUCGUCGAUCGGUUCGUGCUGGCCGUGGGCAGCGCCGUCUUCGACGCCAUGUUCAACGGAGGAAUGGCCACCACGUCCACCGAGAUCGAGCUGCCCGACGUGGAGCCGGCCGCCUUCCUGGCGCUGCUCAAGUUCCUCUACUCGGAUGAGGUUCAGAUCGGGCCCGAGACGGUCAUGACCACGCUGUACACGGCCAAGAAGUACGCGGUGCCGGCGCUCGAGGCCCACUGCGUGGAGUUCCUGAAGAAGAACCUGCGCGCCGACAACGCCUUCAUGCUGCUCACGCAGGCGCGCCUGUUCGACGAGCCGCAGCUCGCCAGCCUGUGCCUGGAGAACAUCGACAAGAACACGGCUGACGCCAUCACCGCCGAGGGCUUCACGGACAUCGACCUGGACACGCUGGUGGCUGUCCUGGAGCGGGACACCCUGGGCAUCCGGGAGGCACGCCUGUUCAACGCCGUCGUGCGCUGGUCGGAGGCCGAGUGUCAGCGCCAGCAGCUGCAGGUGACGCCUGAGAACAAGCGGAAGGUUCUGGGCAAGGCGCUGGCCCUCAUCCGCUUCCCACUGAUGACCAUCGAGGAGUUCGCUGCAGGUAACGGGCAGGGGGGCGAGGCCGCUCCAGAGCCCGACCCCCAGGGACCCCCGCCCGUCCCUGCCCCGCAGAUCAUCCACACGGACAGCAACACCGUCCUGGGCCAGAACGACACGGGCUUCAGCUGCGACGGCUCGGCCAGCACCUUCCGCGUCAUGUUCAAGGAGCCGGUGGAGGUGCUGCCCAACGUCAACUACACGGCGUGCGCCACGCUCAAGGGCCCGGACUCCCACUACGGCACCAAGGGCCUGCGCAAGGUGACCCACGAGUCGCCCACGACGGGGGCCAAGACGUGCUUCACCUUCUGCUACGCGGCCGGGAACAACAACGGGACGUCCGUGGAGGACGGCCAGAUCCCCGAGCUCAUCUUCUACACCUAGGCCGCCCGCGCCGCCCCGCGCAGGGAGCCAGGCUGCCGGGCUUCCCCAGGACUCAGCGGGCAGACUGGCCCGCGCCCGCCCCAAGCCGAGGCUCCGCCAGGUCCCUGGGUGGGGCGUCCCCCGUCCCUGCGGCCGCCGGAGCCAGGCCUCGCGUGGGACGUCGCCUCCUGUCUGUCCUGUUAGCUGCACACGGCAGUGCAUCCUGGAUCCCCGUUUCUGCGGGAGGAGACGGUGUGUGGGGGGCGCUCCUCCCGCGUCUCGGUGGGCUCUUGGGUCCCUUUUGUUCUGGUCCGUUCACUGCGGACGCUCAGGCCACCGUGACCCCGGGCCCCGGGCCGCCGGCCUGAGCCCUGGAGAGUGAGACUCGUGGGGGGGCUCAGCCCCUCGAGGCCCUGCAGGCCCCCCAGGGCCCAGCCUCGGGCCGCCCCCGCCGGCCCCUGCAGCUGGGCGCACAGGCCCCACCCUGUCUGCCGGGCGGACGCCACGCCCCGACGGCCACCGCACCCGUGGUCCUGGCGCCGCUGCCCCACCAGGGAGCGCUGUGCCCGGACGCCUGGAGGGCGCAGCCCUUGCUGCCCCCCCACCCCCCAUGUCUCCGCCCCAGGGAUUCCUUCUGGAACCUGUGUCCCCGAAGCCGUGAAAGGUGUGCCCUCCUCACGCCGCGCCCCCAAAUGAUUUUUUUUAAUAAAGGAAAGAAACACCCCCC